UUUCUUCUGUGAACAACCUAACUCCAACACUCUGCAGAGCACUAAGCUGCUGUCAUUCAGUCUCCCUUACACCAGUUGCGGGUUGAGAAGUCGGAAAUUGUGGUGGCAAAAACAAACCAAAAAUCAACAUAAAACUAGAAUGGAAAGAAAUUCUUUAAAAAAUCUGUGGUUACCGGCAUUGAGUUGUUUGGCUUGGGCCUCCUUAGUACAGGCAGCCAUCUGUCCGGGAUGUGUGGAAUUGGACGAUAUCAUCUUUAACAAGACCAUUGCCCGUUUUCCUUAUGCUUUGGUCAAAUUCGAUAUAGCCUUUCCCUAUGGCGAAAAACACGAGGCCUAUUCCGCCUUCUCUCAGGCUGCCCAUGCUGUAACCGAUGAUCUGCUGGUAGCCGCUGUGGGCAUAAAGGACUACGGCGAUAAUGAGAACAAAGAGUUGGGAGAACGUUUCGGCAUUGACGAUAAGCAGUUCCCAGGAAUUCUACUCUUUCGCCAUGGCAUUGAGGAUUAUUUAACCUUUCCCAGCCAUUUAGAUGUGACAUUGGACAAUUUGAAAUCGUUUGUAACCACCAACACUGAGCUAUUCAUAGGCAAAGAGGGUUGCCUUAAGCAAUACAAUGAUUUGGCCAAAAACUUUAUCAAUCUCAAGGAGAAGGAACAAAAACAGCGUCUGCAGAGAGCCGAAGAUUUGAAAAAGACUCUGAAGAAAGACCACGAAAAAGUUAGUGCCCAAUUCUACAAGCUGUUUAUGGAGAAGCUCAUGGCCAAGGGCUAUGACUAUGUGGAGGAGGAAACCAAACGUUUGUUGCGUCUCAAGGCGGGCAAGGUGACAGCGGCCAAGAAACGUGAAUUGGGUGUUAAACUGAAUAUACUGGAAGCAUUUCGUGUUAAUGUCCUAACCAAAGAGGAGCUGUAGGUAAAAAGGCAGCAGGGGGAGACAUCAUUCCUAGUGAAAUCCAUUAGAGAGUAAGUGUUGGACUAACAGGCGGGUCAAAAGCAAUAGUUUUGGUUUUUUGUUUUUGUAAACUGAUAUUUUUAAGAAUUUAUUUUUAUGGUUAAUGUUUUUGUGGACAUAGCUUUCUUUAGAGCUUAUUUGUCACCUUGAUAUUUGAUUUUGGUUUUUAAUGUUUUGUCAUCAUGUCACGUUGUCGCCUAAUGACUGUCGUUUUUCUUUUGUUUUUGCUAUUUUUGGUGGGUAGUCAUAACAACCAUACCGACCCGGAAUUUCCAAUAUAUGAUAUUCGGGCAGUAGAGAGUUUUGAAUUUUCUUCACAUUACACAGAAAAAAUAUAGAGUGACUAUUUAAAAAUUAAUAAAAAUAUUUUAAA